GGGGACGAGAAAUUCCUAUAAAUCCGUAGAUCUUACCUGUAAUUGAAAAUCAUCUUCUGAUAUCCACCGCAGUUGCUUAUAAGUAGAUAUACGCAUUGACUCCAGACUAGCUAGUUCAAUCUUCCGUUUCUCGUCUGGAAUCAAAUAACUCCCUCCACCAAUUAUGCUUAUCCGUCGCGUAAUCUACGCCCUACUGCUCGCGAGAGCUGUAGCAGCCCAGACUACCGGCAACAACUCCGAGUCACUCACGGAGCUAGAAAACCUAAUCGAACAGGCUAGAUCAACUCAGGAGGAUAUCCUGGAUGACAGAGCCACUGCGGCUGAGAAGAGGGGAGAAACAUGCACUCGGGAUAAUCUCACCGUGCGUCGUCCAUGGGGCUCGUUAAGUAAAAACGAGCGAAAGGCCUAUACCGACGCCGUACUCUGUUUACAAUCAUUACCGGCGAAAACUCCUGCUAGUGUAGCUCCUGGCGCUAAAUCGCGGUAUGACGAUUUUGUAGCUACUCACAUCAUCCAGACGCCAAACAUCCACUACUCUGGAACAUUUCUAGCGUGGCAUCGGUGGUUUGUAUACAACUACGAGCAAGCCCUCAAAAAUGAAUGUGGCUACCAAGGUUCGCAACCGUAUUGGAACUGGGCUUUAUACGCGAGCGACCCGGCCUCGUCACCAAUUUUCGAUGGCAGCGCGUAUAGCAUGUCUGGGAACGGCGAAUAUAUCGCUAACAAAGGUCCCAUAACCUUGACUCUCGGGGACUUUGCUCCGGUGUACCUACCUGCCGGCACGGGAGGAGGAUGUGUCACAUCCGGCCCAUUUAAGAAUAUGCAAGUAAAUCUAGGUCCUGUAAACCUUCCCCUAAAUAACGGCUCGGUCCUGGUGGGGACCGGAUUGGAAUAUAACCCACGAUGCUUGAAGCGAGAUAUCUCCGCUGAGGUUAACUCCGCAUACGCAAAUGCUUCCUCUAUUGUCAAUCUCAUCCUCAAGAACAAGAACAUUGGGGACUUCCAAAUGGUUAUGCAAGGUGUUCCUGGUUCCGGCUCCAUCGGCGUGCACGGCGGUGGUCACUACACUGUGGGUGGCGACCCAGCUGACGAUGUCUUCGUCUCUCCUGGAGAACCGGUUUUUUACCUUCACCACGGAAUGAUUGAUCUAGUAUGGUGGACGUGGCAAGCCUUGGAUUACAAGAACCGUCGGGAUGCCAUCUCAGGGACAGGCACUUUCUUGAACAACCCACCAUCACCCAACACUACUCUUGACGACGUAAUUGACCUUGGAUACGCCGGUGGUGGUCCGAUCACAAUGAGGGAGUUGAUGAGUAUCCAGGAUGGUCCGUUCUGUUAUACGUAUAUAUUAUAAGCGAGCUGCGAUGAGAAACGGCUGAGCAAUUGUCGAACAAAGGAGCACUGCCGCAUCUUCGUUGCUACAGCCCAGCACAAAUGACGAUCUAUCAGCGAUAAAUUUCACGCCAUUAUAGCAAGCAUAUAACUAUUACCAAUUAUACUGAUUAAUAUAUAUUAACAAAUGCGAUAGCUGUUAUAUCGAUUUAAACCUAAUCUCAAAUACCCCUAUAUUCAUCAUAAAUAGCUGUCGUCUCAGUACUUAUGUAACGCUUUACGCUACCCAGUCUUACCAAUGUUACUGAAGAAGAGAACCUUGAAGUUUACUAACGGUCAGAAAUCAUGAUCCCUGGGUCUUGAAUAUAUGAAAAAUAAAGCUCGCACCCCGGGCAAGAGACGAAUGCAAAACUGCUACCUUAAAC